AUGGAUGGGCAACAUCGUCCCUUACGUCGAAAUGACUUCGAGAUUGCAAUCAUUUGCGCUUUACCGCUCGAAACAAACGCUGUUCUGUGCUCCUUAGAUGAGGUCUGGCGCGAUGCCCAUCACACUUAUGGGAGAGCCGUGGGGGACAAUAACCACUACGAUUAUGGAAGGAGUGGUAAACACAGCGUGGUCGUAGUUACCUUGCCGAGGAUGGGAAAGGUGCAUGCAUCCUCUGCAGCUAGCUAUCUCAGGAUGAGCUUUAGUUCAAUUAAGCUUGCCUUGCUGGUCGGAAUCUGCGGUGCAGUUCCCCGGAAGGCGGACGGCACAGAGAUUGUCCUCGGCGACGUGAUUAUCAGCGAGAUCCUUGUCGAGUUGGAUUAUGGUCGACAGUACCCCAGCGGUUUCAGAAGAAAGGACACCAUCCUAGACACUCACGGGCGGCCAGAUGAAGACGCCUUGGGACUACUGCAACGUUGGAAAACUGCCUUUCACUUAAAAAAUGCACAAGAGAAAACAAUGGAAAAUCUCAAAGCUCUUCUACAGCACCCAGAAUCCAAGACAAGAUACCCUGGCGCAACUGAGGACAAGCUCUUUGAACACGAUUACAUACACAGACACCAUUUUGGCUGCUGGGUAUGCAAUAUGUCCGGGGUACCAGGCUCAGUAUGCGAGGCAUCUCUAAUAGCUACCUGUGACGAGCUUCAAUGCGAUGAGGGCAGAUUAGAACCGCGUACUCGGCUACGCGAAAGAGGUGCAGACCGCGAGGUUCCGACUCCACUAAUACAUUUUGGCUCGAUCGGCUGUGCGGACACCGUUCAGAAGUCAGCAGAGCAUAGGGACCAGCAUGCAAAGUCAGAAGGUGUGAUAGCAUUCGAAAUGGAGGGGGCUGGGGUCUGGAACAAAUUCAACUGCUUGAUUAUCAAGGGCGUGUGUGACUACGCUGACAGUCAUAAAAACAAGAAAUGGCAGGGCUAUGCAGCUGCGGUUGCUGCUUCAGUUGCGAAGGAGGUUUUGGCGCAGUACGUAUCUCACGACCGACCAUCACAGCCAGGAACGCCGAAUGGCGGCUCUAGAUAUUCUACACAGCCUUCCAUUGUCUCUCGUGGUCGGUUAGAUCUCCAAGAGGUCCCUGACUCACUCCCCAAAGAGAUGUUUCAUAGAGUUACCAAGCACUUUGAAGAGGGGCUCGAGAAGGAGCAGUUGGACGCCUUCAAAACCACAGACCUUCAGGCUUUGAAGAAAGAGCUAAAGAAGAUUCAGGAUGGGCAAGGACAAUCAAACUCACUGCGAAAUCUUCGUCGGAUUGAGCGCUUUAUUCAAGCGAUGGAACAGAUUGGAACCGUUCUUGAGGAUAUCCUAGGCACCAGCAAAGAUAUGUCUCUUAUUUGGGGUCCAGUGAAGACCUUACUCCAGACAGCAAAAGGUAAUGUGGAUCUACUCGACACGCUCCUGGAAGCAUACGAAACUAUUGGUGAUGAGCUGCCAAUGCUUGGAGCCUAUCGUGAGUUCUUCAAGAACUAUGUGGGCUUGCAGCGAAUAUUGGCAAGAAUAUUUGCUCUUAUCCUGGAAUUCCAUAAGAAUGCGAUUAGAUUAUACUCCGGGAGAGCCCUAAGAGCCGUAUUUCGACCACUAUGGAAAGACUUCGAAGCAAUAUUUGUUCUCAUUUUGCGCGAGAUUGGCUCCCAUAGGAUAAUGAUCGAAGAUAAGACUCUGGCCUUAUACAGCCACCCGGUGUACUAUACAAUGGAUGCGCAAGAAAUCCGAAACCACCUCGAGAGCACCAGCAACAACAUGUGCCUAUCCAUGCAGAAGCAGGAAGUGAUACGAGAGAGGAUGUAUGAUGAGGUCAGAUGCUGGAUUGCAGGCGCUGCAGGGGUUUCAGGCGUUGAAGAUGUUGCAGACGCCAAAGGCGCCGAGACUGAGAGUGAUCACAACAAUAUCUGCCGUGACCGAAGCUUUUACCCCGGUAGCGGUAGCUGGAUUCUGGAGAAUGACAAGGUCAAGAAAUGGCUAUCUCCAGAGCCAGAGCAGUCAUCCAACUCUUUGCUAUGGAUCAAUGGGCGUCCGGGGACCGGUAAAACAUAUCUAGCAUCGGUCAUAAUUGAGGCUUGCCUGGGGGACCCCUCUUCGCUCACAUGCUACUUUUACUGCAAGGAAAAGGUGAAGUCGAGAAACUCUGCGAUUGCAGUGCUCCGUGGUAUUCUCUUGCAACUCGCGCGCCAGCACCGCGAAUUGAUCCCUUAUUGCCACGCGAAGAUCAAGAGCUCGGGCAGCCUCAUGUUAUCGGAUCUGUCCACGGCGCAUGGUAUUCUGGAGGUGUUCUGUGAACGAAUUUCUCGAUUAAACGUGGUCAUAGACGGCGUUGACGAGUGUGAAGAGCAGAGAAAGGAUUUGAUUGACACAUUUAGGAUUUUGGUUAGGAAAAACGAAAUCUAUUCGAAAGGAAAACUUCGUGUCCUCUUGCUAAGUCGUCCCAUGAAUGAAGUCAAAAACGCUUUACCGGAGGCUGAGAUGCUUGCGCUGGUACCGGAGCACAACAAGCAAGACAUCCAAAAGUAUUGUGAACGCAGAAAACGCGAGUUCCAGAAGUUUGGGUUUGGCAAUGAGUACCUUAAGGAUGUUGUGCAAAUUAUAUGUACAAGGGCAGAUGGGAUGUUCCUGUUUGCUAAGCUGGUUAUGAAUAAUUUGAAAGAGCAGCCAACUAAGGAAGACUUUCGUACUGAGACCACCGCUGCAAUAUUGCCCAGUGAGAUCGACCAAGCAUAUGUCCGAAUCAUGGAGCGCCUUAAGCGUGACCUCGGUUCAAAACAAUAUGAAUAUACAGAAUUAUUGCUCGGUUGGUUAGUAUGCUCGAAAAGGCCUCUGAAGUGGACAGAAAUACAAGUAGCACUAUCCACCGAUAUUAAGACAUGGGGUCAUUCGAGUGAAGUCAAUCCGGACCGCAGACUAGAAGACGAUAUUCAAGAAUUGUGCGGAUCUCUUGUUCAGGUGCUCAAGGGUAACCGAAUCGAGCUUGUCCAUAGCACUGCUAGACUGUUCAUAGUCCAGAAAAGCAAUAUACGAAUAUCUGCAGCGGAGUGCGACCUCACCCUUCGCUGCUUGCGGUACCUUAGCCUUGAUAUCUUUAGGCCUGAUAUUUCCACCCAAAGUCUCCGGGAGAAUGCUCUGAGUGGUGACUUUGCCUUCCAGGAUUAUGCGGUCGCAGCCUGGUUUCUACAUAUAGGGACGCUGAUUGAGAAGAAGCAUGAUUUCCUGGUAGACGGAAUGGACGGCCAAGACCGUGUUGCCAGAAUAUCCCGAGAACUCGAGCAUUUCGUGAGAUUUUAUCAAGCAAGCUUCCCAGUAUACGGCAGCAGCAUUCUGGAGCAAGUGUGGAUAGAUUGUGCAUUCUUCCAACAGUACCCCUUUUAUAAUAACCUUGUCAGAAUCUGGAAUCAUAUCUGCUGCGCCCAAAGGGGAGACUUGGAAUCACGCAACAAUGUGAGCAUUCCUUUGCUCAAGGAAACGCUAGCUCGUAAUCGAAAACUGCUGGAAGACCUAAGCACAGAUGAUACAGUUGUUCUAUCCAGGCUCUAUGAUGAGUACCCCUUCCGCUGUCCCAAGGUGUUGUGCUUCUAUUUCCACGAGGGUUUCAAAAAUGCGAUAGCCCGUGACAAACAUGAUGAUCAUCACAACCGCCCAUUCCGUUGCACAGUAGAAAACUGUACAAUGAAUGGAAUGGGAUUUGCUGAAAAAAGCCGGCUUACGGCACACAUGAAGAGGUUUCACCCCGAGGAGCGCGACUUGGGCGAAACGUUCACACCUUACGAGCGGAAGAGGCCACUAGGUGCCCGUUAUGAAUGUCCUGUUUGCAAGAAGCGCCUUGUGAGGAAGAAUAUCCUGCAGGAUCACCAGAGAAUCCAUACCGGAGAGAAACCAUUUCGAUGCUCUGAGUGUGGCAAGGGAUUUGCGAGGAGUUAUGACAAGAAACGGCAUGAGAAAAUCCAUGAGAAGCGGCGAAGAUAG